AAAGUCCUUGACAUUGAAGGAAAUGAAGGUAACUUUUUCCUUUCUGCCACAGAUCCAAACAUUUAAUGUUGAGGCACCAUGCCAGACCGUGGAAGACUUAACAAGUGGGGUUGUGAUGGCCCAGGUUCUUCAAAAAAUAGAUCCAGUUUACUUUGAUGAAAAUUGGCUGAACAGAAUCAAAACUGAAGUAGGAGAUAAUUGGAGGCUAAAGGUAAGCAACCUGAAGAAAAUUUUAAAAGGAAUACUGGAUUACAACCAUGAGAUUCUAGGGCAACAGAUAAAUGACUUCACCCUUCCUGAUGUUAACCUGAUUGGAGAGCAUGCUGAUGCGGCAGAGCUUGGGAGAAUGCUUCAGCUUAUUUUGGGAUGUGCUGUGAAUUGUGAACAGAAGCAAGAAUACAUCCAGACCAUAAUGAUGAUGGAAGAAUCAGUUCAACAUGUUGUCAUGACAGCCAUUCAGGAGUUGAUGAGUAAAGAAUCUCCAGUCUCUGUUGGAAAUGAUGCUUACGUUGACCUUGAUCGGCAGCUGAAGAAAACUACAGAAGAAUUAAAUGAAGCCCUUGCAACAAAAGAAGAAAUUGCCCAGAGAUGCCAUGAGUUAGAUAUGCAGGUUGCAGCCCUCCAAGAGGAGAAGAGCAGCCUGCUUGCCGAGAACCAGAUUCUGAUGGAACGUUUAAAUCAAUCUGAUUCUAUUGAAGAUCCCAACAGUCCUGCAGGUCGUAGACACCUGCAGCUGCAGACACAGCUAGAACAGCUCCAAGAGGAAACAUUCAGAUUAGAAGCUGCCAAAGAUGACUAUCGAAUACGCUGUGAAGAACUAGAAAAGGAAAUUGCGGAAUUGAGACAACAAACAGAAGAGCUUACUACACUGGCAGAGGAGGCUCAGUCUUUGAAAGAUGAGAUAGAUGUACUCCGGCAUUCUUCUGAUAAAGUAGCCAAGUUAGAAAGCCAGGUAGAGUCAUACAAAAAGAAAUUGGAGGACCUGGGUGAUUUGCGGCGUCAAGUGAAGCUUUUAGAAGAGAAGAAUACAAUGUACAUGCAAAAUACCGUGAGCCUGGAGGAAGAGCUAAGGAAGGCCAAUGCAGCACGCAGUCAGCUGGAAACAUACAAGAGACAGGCAGUUGAACUACAAAACAGGUUAUCUGAAGAAUCCAAGAAAGCUGAUAAAUUAGAUUAUGAAUGCAAACGACUGAAAGAAAAAGUAGACAGCCUCCAAAAAGAAAAAGAUAGAUUAAGAACAGAAAGGGAUUCUUUGAAAGAAACUAUUGAAGAACUUAGAUGUGUACAAGCUCAGGAGGGUCAACUCACUACUACAGGACUGAUGCCUCUGGGAAGACAAGAGCCUUCAGACAGUUUAGCAGCAGAAAUCAUUACUCCUGAAAUAAAGGAGAAACUCAUCCGCCUUCAGCAUGAGAACAAGAUGUUAAAGUUGAACCAAGAAGGUUCUGACAAUGAGAAGAUUGCCUUGUUGCAGAGCCUUCUUGAUGAUGCAAACUUACGGAAGAAUGAACUGGAGACAGAAAACAGGUUGGUAAAUCAGAGACUUCUGGAAGUACAGUCCCAGGUUGAAGAGCUGCAAAAAUCUUUGCAGGAUCAAGGUUCAAAAGCCGAAGAUUCAGUUCUUCUGAAAAAGAAACUUGAAGAACAUCUUGAGAAGCUCCAUGAAGCUAACAAUGAGCUACAGAAGAAACGAGCUAUUAUUGAAGAUUUGGAACCAAUAUGCAACAACAGUUCACUUAAAAUUGAGGAAUUACAAGAAGCACUACGGAAAAAGGAGGAGGAAAUGAAGCAAAUGGAAGAACGAUACAAAAAGUACUUGGAAAAGGCCAAAAGUGUCAUCCGCACAUUAGAUCCUAAACAGAACCAGGGUGCUGCUCCUGAGAUUCAGGCACUGAAAAACCAGUUGCAGGAGCGGGACAGAAAGUUUCAUUCCCUGGAGAAAGAAUAUGAGAAAACAAAGAGUCAAAGAGAAAUGGAGGAGAAAUUUAUCGUUAGUGCCUGGUACAACAUGGGGAUGACUCUGCAUAAAAAAGCAGCAGAAGACAGACUGGCUAGUACAGGCUCAGGACAGUCCUUCCUGGCUAGACAAAGGCAAGCCACGAGCACAAGGAGAUCUUACCCUGGUCAUGUCCAGCCAGCAACAGCAAGGUAGAGAAGCCUUGGCCUUAGAAAGAAAACUGCCCUGUGAUCCAGGCCACUUCUAUUGCAAGUGACAACAUUCAAGGAAAAUAAACCAGCAUCCUUUCUCUUUCUCCCUUGUUACUGCUAUUAUUUUACAGUUCAGGAAAAGGUUUUAUUAUGCCUUCUUAUUUCUCUGUAAUGCCCUUUGCUUAUAUUUUUUGGAGUUCAUUUCUCUCUGCAUUUUCUGAAUGUGCCAAAACUUUGAAAACAUCUAGGCAAGUGCUGUAUAAUAACAGUCUUAUUUAUAUGAAGCCUGGUCUGUUACAAAAAACCUCAUGUGGAUCAUGUGACAGUGGAGAUUUCCUAUCACAGUUGGUACUUUUGUGCCUGUAAGGCUUUGUGCUUUAUAAGACUGUUUCUGUUCAAAGGGAAUUAGCUUUUCAUCUCCUGUUGAUUCAGAAAAAUGCUGAAAUCUCAUUACAGAAAUGCAAAGUUGGAUUAUAAUAUUAUUGUGAAAUAUAUUUCAUACUAAAAAAAUCACCAAUGCAAAAAGAAAAGUUGGGGUUUUUUUUAAUCUCCUAAGUGCAAAGUUUGCUCUUACUCUUGGCAUUUAGGGAAGCAGGAUGAUAUUUUUCCAGGUUUUUCUUUAUCAACUGGUUUUACCUCUUUUGCUGGUAGAAAUUAAUAUUUUCAAAUGGUUUAUUCCACUCUUCUUUGUCAAGUGUAUGCUUAAAUACAUAUUCUAAAAAGUUGGAGAAGUAUUUAGCAUGUGCAAACCUGCUACUCUAUCAUCCAUUUAAAAAGGACAUUUGUUCUAAAAUUUUAUGAUUGUGGAUGAACAAUACGUAAUGGAUCAAGGCCCCAGUUAAUACUGUUAAUGUAUUCCAGUGGUCAUCCUUACUACAAGACUUGCUUUUACUAUAUUGAUUCAGGGUAUAAUUGUAUCAGUUGCCUUACUAAUGGUAUCUGUGCCUUCAGGUGAGUUUAUUGCUGACUUCGUUGGAAACAGGCUGUGAUUUGUUGUACUGCCUUUUUAGUAUAUAGCUGAUUAAUAGUUGUAACACCUUCUUGUUGAUCAGUGGAUGGAGGCUUCUCUUAUUUAGGUUCUGUUCCUACAAAAUUGUGCUUUUUCCCUGACUAGUUCUCUGCAUUCCCUGUCAUUUUUGUCAAAGAAUUGAUAGACACAGAGAACCUGAGUAUUGGCUGGAAGUUUCAUAUUCAUGCAUCUUAUUGUGAUUCAGUUUCAAAUUUAGAGGCUGGCUUUAAAUUUAGGUUUUUAUUUAGAGGCUGUUUGGACUCUAAUGCACAUGUAGUUGGUUUAUAAAUUCAUUCUUUCACCUGAUUUUAAUGCCCUUUUAAGUGGAGAUAUUUAUUUUUCCAUAAAUCCUUUUAGAGAAAAGAUACUAGCAUUUAUCAGUCAUCUGAAUGUCUGUUUCAAUUCACAACUUGAGUAGAAUGAGCAGUGGAUAAUUAAAACAGGCACACCUAGAUUAAAGGGUAGUGAACAGGUGAAUGACAUUUUUAGGUACUGUUGUUCUAUCCUCAAGUGCAUCAUUUGUUUUAAUCCAGGCUAAUAAAUGCUUUCAGUUAUUUGUCUGAAAAAUAUUUUCAGUUGCAGUUACACCACCACCCCACACCCCCAAGACCCCCACCCCCCAGAGAACAGAUACUGAAUUCUACAUAUAGUUGUGUCUUUUAAUCCUCACAUUAGGGAAAAAAUGGUUUUCUAAAAAUUUUCUGUACUUAUGCAGUGUAUUACUGAUAUGGGCUGUACUUGCAAAAAUUAGAUGAGAUAUUUCAAGUUUCUUAUGUGCAGAAAGAACAAUGCAGAGGAAGUUGUGCAUAAUUUCUGUAGUUCAGUAAGGUGGUAUACUCAAUCCGUUGUCUCUUACUGAGAUACAAAAUGCUCUGUAUACAAAAGGCUAUCUGUAAUUAUCUAGACAAUUACCGUCUGUCUGGGAUAUCUUUUACUUACCUUGUGCAAUUGAUUUUAAUAAUUUGAAGAACUCUUUACCACAGGAUAUAUGUGAACAGGAGCAAGACCAUUCCUCUGAGGGAAUUCAAUGUUCCUAUUUGAGGUUACAGUAUUUUAUAUCACCCAGAGCCUAAGAAUACCGAAAGCUCCAUUUUUGUUUUAAUUUUAAUCUAGCUAACUUUUUCUGUUACUAAACUGCCAAGGGCUAUUUGUGCAAGAAAGGGAUGGAAGCUUAAUGGGAAGUAUUAUCUCUUAAUUUUGUCUAGUAAUUUAAUUACUUCUUGCUCUUAAUUAGGUGCAGUGCUAAAAGAACUUGAACACAAUCAGCAUGCUAGAAUAAAAGUAAUUGCUUUUAUGAUGUUAAUAUUUGUUUUACUGUUUUGCCUCCAAAGUUUUGAUGACAGGCUGAGAGUUAGGAGAUGAACAGAUGCUGGUUAGAAGCUUUGUCUUACGCUUUUACUUUCUUGUCUCUCAUAGCUUCUUUUCGUUCUUGGUUGUUGGCUUUUCUGUUCUUUGUGAUUCUCUUUCCUUUUCCCAUGAAGAUAAGACACUGAAGUGUUUUUUGUAGUUGUUUUCAAAAAUAGAUAGCAUCAUUAUAUAGCAUCAAAGAUCAGCACAAGACUCAUACUGAAUAUGAGUUUUACUCUUGCUUAGGCAAGUGAACAAUCAUUUUAUCUUAGAGAAUUUACAAACUUGCAGAAAUUCUGCUAUUUCCUAGAAUUAAUAUUGAAUAUAAAAUCCUAAAAAUGUACUGCACUCUUACAGAUAUAGUCUCAGUUGCUGUCUGGUUCUAGUAAGUCAUUUUUAAUGUCUUCUUUUAGUAACUAAGAGGAGUCCAAUUCUUUCUUCUUCACUGCUUUACUACUUUAAUUUUCUGCAUACAUCCAUUCUUAAUCUUUGUGUGUGGAUGAAUGCAAGAGCUGAAUAUUAAACCUUCUCUUUCACAGCAACAGCUUCUUUAUUCAGAGGGGUCAGCUUCGUUAUUUCACUUGCUUGUCUACCUUUGUAAGCAGUGUGUAUUAAGAAAAAGAGGGAGCUCAGACUGUGACUCCAGGGAAUAAACAAUAAACACAUGUGUAGGGGAGCUACCAGUGUGUGUUCCCUAUUUGUCUUACAUUGAGUAAUAAAAAAAAAAAUAAGCAAAAGCCCCAACCUAUGGAACAGAAUUCUCUUAGUACAUUAGAGAGUUCAGAGAACGUAUUUUUGGGAAUACUUUUUUCCCCUGAGGCAAGAAAGACUGUUUACAUCAAAACUGCAGUGGCAAUUACUAAGCCAGUGCUGUAUCCUGUCCAGUUCACUACAGAAAAAACCUUAUAACUGAGCUUAAAGAAAAGAGGUUCUCCAGGUCAGAGAUAAAACAGUUGAGGUGUUCAUGAGAGUACUUGCAGGGCACUGUGCUGAGGAUCUGCCCAGAAUAAUCUUUCUGGCAGAUUUUAAUUGAUGCCAAUAAAAGAUAACAGAUAAAUAGAUAAAUAUUUUCAUUGUUUAGAGCUGAAGCUUCGUUUCUGACCUAAAAGGAUGUGUUCAGAUGUGCAGUCCAAUUCACGUACUUCUGUGGAGGGUUGAGUUUUUAGCAUAUCUGAUCAGGCAUUACAGAGAAAAAAAAAAUUCAAGUUCCCUAUUUUCUUGAUAGCAACACCUAACCAGAUCAUAACAUGCAUUUUCUAAGUGCUGUGAAAACUGAAGUACUCUGAUUUAAAGGUUGUGUGUUCCACCCACAGUGCAAAGGUAAAUACAUGUCCGGAAUAUACAACCUUGUGUAUUGCAAAAUGAAAUAAAUAUGUAAUGGCUACAAGAUGCCUUUCAUUCUGUUUGGAAGUAAUCAAACAGCAAUCUUGUCCUGUUGAAGUGUCACUUGUGUUAGCAGUAAUGCUUCUGCAAGUGUUUUGUGGCUCUUUGGUCUGUAAGGAGCGCUGACAUUUUUAUAUAUGUAUGAAAGAAUUAACAAUGACUAUUCCUGUUACUGCUUUAUUAUGAUCUCAAAUAGUAUGUGGUAUGUGUAAGCUGUCAAGAAAAUUUAAGUUUUUUGGCAAUUUUAAAGUCUUCGGUAUUUUGACAUGUUCAAGUAGCUUUUGCUUUUCCUGUCUCCUCUAGUAUAUGAGACUAUACACUUAACAGAUUUUCUUCUUGUUAGUGGCUUGGAGAAAGACUAUGCUGAAUGUGGCUUGCUUUCCUUUUUCCUAUAAAGUAAAACAGUAUUUCAGUUUUACUUACUGUAUAUUUUUUUAUUUGUGCCCAACAUAUUGACUUUUUGCAAGGAUUGAUGAGGGAGGUAUUUUUGCACUCAGCUAUGCUAUGCUGAUUUUGCACAUGUGUUUUAGGUAGAAUGUGAACUCUGUGUUUUGCAGUAAGAUAGUGUUGAUAAACUUCAGUAUCUCCUAACCAAAUUUAGCAGGCAUUUUCCUCACCUGGCAUUGCAUAAAUAAACAGCUAAAUGGAUUUAUCAGGCUAUACUUCCAAGUGGUGAGGUUUUUUGGAGUGAAUGUCAUAUUCUAGGUAGGAUCCUAGCCAUGCCUCCAGUUUGUCACUCCUAAGGAAUCAAAAAUAUGUCCUGGCAUGGCUGAUUGGAUUGCCUUACUCCUGUAACCUUACUCAGCCACUGCAACCUCAGACUUCUUGUAUCUGGUACAGUGAAACAGUAAAUUUUGACUCUGAUGCCAGCUCCAUUGUACCAUUUAGUGAUGCUGAGGACUUAGCUAGCUUCGUCCUCUGUUUUCCUUUGAUUUUAUUUUUGUGUAUUCAUUGAGAUGUUGGGACAUAAAGUUUAUUUUUAAAAUGCAUUAGCUCAUUGAAUUAGGCAAUGAAUGAAUGUUGACUGGGGGGCUUGUCAAGGAAACUUGACAAAUCAUACCAUCCCAUGGGGCAUUGAAACAGCACCUGACAGUUUAGCCACAGCUUCCCAGACAGAUUGUCCUGAUGUCAUAUUGUAGUCAGUGGAUCAGUAGGAAGUUGUGCUGACUGCUGUAAUUGAAGUCCUCAUCUGCUGGGGAUGGUCUUGCUGUCAGCUUCUCUGUGGUCCAGAUUCUACCUUCACCUUUGGGCCUUGCCAAGGUAGUGCAGGAGUAUCCUGAAGUGUAUUUCUACAUCAUUUGGCUCUGGUGGCAAAUCAUGAGUUUGCUCUGCUGCUGUUUGCUGUGCAUGUAAAGUUGUUUGGAAAAUUGCAUAUCCUUCUGUCCCCUUUGCAUAUGGUGUCAUUUCCAGGCUGAAAACAGAUUCCAUUUGGCUGAUAAAAAAUUUCUUGCAGCUAUGUCUUGCUGCUGUGGGUCUCAGAGAAUGAUCCAUACAACAUGAAAAAUACUCCUAGCAGAGGGAAAUACAGGUCAUUUGGGCAGUCUUUCCUUUCUUGUGCUGAUUUUAUUAAUUGCUUUGCAUUAGAGAGGUCCUUUGUGAUCAGAUGCAGUGAUUUCAGAAAGAGGAACAUGUUUGUUUCAAUCGUUUGUCAGCACUUUGAAGGACUGCUGACUAUUGUAGCAUGGCACAGAUCUGAAAUACUGCAAAAGCAAGUAUCUCCACAGGUAUAGAGUAGUUUAUUCUGGAAAUGGAAAUUGAAUCCCUAAUGAUUAUACCUAACUUGAAGAGCAGAGAGCUAACAUAAAGUCCAGUAAUUACUGUUAGCACGCUCAUGUUGUUAGCCUGAUCAUGAAAGUGGAUGGAAUUUUAAGAGAAAAUCCACAGAAAAUGGUGUAGUAUUUAUAAAGUUAUAAAAUAGUUGUAAUUAGACCAUCAGACUUUUGAUUUGGAUUUGAAUAUAACAUCAGUUAUAUAAUUUAAAAUAUUGUAAAGUAGAGGUUAUUGUUCACAGCCACAAAGGGUUAGUAAGCUGGAGAGUAAACUUCUUUCUUGGAGGCAUCAAUGGUUUUGAGAGAGAUUUUAAGCUUUUGUUUAGCAGUAUCAGUAAUGUUUUGAAAUAAUUAUAAGCAUUACAUUAUAAGGCCACCAUUUUUAAAAUUUAUAAUCUGCUUUGUAUUCUCUUUGUCACACCUUAGACAUAUUGUCAGCUGCAUAAACUGUGUCUUUCUAAAGAUGCUGCAGAUGCAGGUUAUGCUCAGUCAAUUUACCCUCACAUCUUGCAUCUCUCUAUGUGUUGCUGCCUCAGCUGGUGGCUUUAAAAUAGAGAAACUGACAGACAGCUAGUUUUAGAACAUGAUAAGAAUUUCUAGUCAGGAAAGGGCACUAACAGAUGAAUUUUUACAUACUUGAAAGAUAAUGGUGUCCUGAGUUUACAAGACCUUUCAAAAGUACUAUUGACUCAAAUAGAAGCCUGAAGUGUCUCUUCUGUGUAUGUCCAACAUACACUUGAAGGACACUUCAAGUGCUACUAAAUAAUAAGUUUGAACUAAGCUAUAGCCAGGUGAGACUAAAGGAUUAUAUUCAUUUGUACACAGUAGAAUAGGUACAUGCUUAUGUAGCUUUAACUUUUUAUUUUUAAUAGAAUUUUUAUAGAAUAACUACAGUGAUCUUCAUAUUAAUCCUGAACUGUGUAACUUUAUGCACCAAGCAGUGCCAAGCAAGCUUAAAUGACAAUGAUUGCUCAAAAUACACACCCUCAAGGUCUUUGAAUGUGUUAAAUUUUUUAUUCCAUUUGAUAUGUAUUUCUGUGUGGUUUUCAGUCAUGGUUACUUAGUAUUCUGGGUGGAUGAAUGAGAAGGAAAAAAGAGGGAUACGUAGGCUACAGGACUUGUAGCAUAAAUACUCUUUUUUAUCUAUUUAACCUGGAUUGGCCCAUCACAAGAAGCAUUCUUAGAAUCAAUUUUGACCAGUGCAAUAGAGGGGAGAAGGAAGUGGGGAAACAGGCUCUAAUUUCAGUCUGGUGAAGCCAAUUUGCUCUUUGCAAUAUGAAAACAAAAAUGCCCAUUUAGUGCUGUGCCAGUGCUGUGUAGGGACAUCUGUGUUACCUGGGCAAAGUGGAAGCACUGUAGCUGUAUCAGUAAAGCAUUCCAUUCCAGUUACACUGGCCAGGAAAAAGGGUGCAUCAGUGACAAUGGAGAAGUGUGCCAACCUCUCUGAUUCUCUUGCAAACUUAGAUUCCCUUCUGCAGCAGUGGGGUGCUCUCUCUACUGCUUGGUGACUCCGACUCAGCUUACUUUAACAAGAACACGUAUCAUUUUCUGGCAAUUCAAACCUGUAUUUGCAUGCAAGGGAUAGAACUUGCCAGUGCAGUGGGGCAGUGAUGUUGAGCCUCAUGCACAGGAUGAGAUCUGAUGAAAUUUAAAUGCCUUUAGUGGUGCCCAAGAUUUCAAGACAGUCGUUGUGACUAUGAUUAUCUUUUAGCAUGUAAACACAUGCAGAAUUGGGUGGGCACCUUUCACAUUAUCUUGCUUUACCAAUUACACUCACAGACAGCAUGAAUGCCUGAGAAUUGCUCGUUGCUGUGUAAACUUAUUUUCCAUGGCUUUAUUAGUUAAAGAAUGGUGCCCCGAAGAAUUUUACUCAGAAGCGUGUGAAGUUUAAUUAUAGCGGAACUUAGAUAUUGACCAAGGCUAUUUUGUUGCUUUUUCCAACUAUUGGCCUGUAACCUUCCUGUUAAUUUGAACAGUUGCUUGGCAAAGGUAUUUUCUCUGUGAAUUUGCACAACUCUUAAGUAGAGGUGGCCUUACUAAACUGCUUUUAAAAGGACCUGUUCUGUUCUGUUUGUUUUGUUGUUUUUUUUUUUUUCAACAGUAAUAUGUUACCUGCUUUUUAACUUUCUUCUUUAUUCUUUUAUUUGCAGUGAUGUGGUUGCAUGACCUGCAGCAUUAUUAUAACAGGGACUGUUCAGUGCAUGACUUGCUUUUCUGUCCAGACUGCAUAACCAAAACUUAACCAGUUCUACACUUAAGACUCAUGGCCAUCUGGUUUCAAAGGGGGAUCUACUUGCAGAGAAGCUUACCAUCCUGGGGAGUGGCUUUCCCAUUUCCCACUUCCACUUACUCUUUCUCUUCACAAAAAGUCUCCUAUGAGGCUAGAAGAGAGGAAAUCCUGUACUCACAACUCAACAGGAGGCGUUCUGCAACUGACAGAGCACUGUCAGCUCUCCAUCUUACUUCCGCCUGUCCACUUUAUUUAAUUCUGAUUAACAGUAUUAACAUACAGACUUCCUGCAACAUUUUCAUAUACCGAACUAUAAAAAUCUGGUCUUAAUGAAUUCCUAAAAAAGUCCUUUUGGUUACUGUUCAAAUUUCAAAGCACCUGCACCCUUAAAGGAUCCACUUUGAAUCUUUAAAGAAAUUAAGUAAAGCGAAGGAGGUGUUUUACCAGGAGAAAUGCCUAAUGAAUUGCUGCUUGGCGAUCCCAUCUUCCAUAGAAAACCAAGCAAGUUUCAUCUGAUAAUCUCCGAGCCAGGCAAACUACCAGGUGGUAUUUUGUUCACAGGCACUGCCUGCUUCCUUAAUAUGUAUAUAUACACAGUAGUUUGUGGCUGUUGUAUUUUUCUCUCUACAUUUGAGCUGUGUUGUUGGUUUCUUUCAGAAACUUUUUUUUCCAAUCUGUGUACAAUUGUUAAAACAAUCUGAGGAAAGACCAUGAAUGGAGAUAAGUAUGAAAGUCAUCUGCACUUUCAAUAUUAUGCAGACUGUCCUUGCCAGUUUAUGAUUUGGAUCGUUUAUCUUUCACCUGUACUGUUUUUUUCCUUUUCUUUUUUUCUUUCUCUUGUCACAGUCUUAGCUAUUUAAUUUCCAAUUGCACUAGCUUGGCUGUUUCUUUGUAUUUUGAAGUUUAGCUAUAAGAUUUGCCAUAUGUAGACAGUGUAACUCAAAAUGCUUUGUACUGCCUAUAUUAAUUUAAAAAGCUGCUUAUUUAAUAUUCCUAAAUAUCUGCACAUUUGUACUACUGUAUCUUUGUUUUGUAUUGGACAUCCAGUACUGGCAAGAUUCAGAAGACGAGGGAGUGCUGUAGUAUUGUAAGUUAAGAGGUUUAUUGUAUAGGAAUUAGUACAUAACAAGCAGGGAAAGGGGCUUUCAAGCCAUAGGAUUUGCUGGAAAAACUGAAAAGUCUGAAUGCCGAGUACCUUAAGCGGUUUGAUUUAAAUCCAGUUCUAGAGAAACCCCAUUCUUGCUCACCUGGAUCUUAAUCUGGCAGAAAUAUUGAUAUGAACUCUGCUGCUUCCAGGAAUAGUUUUGCUUAUUUGGGCAGUAGAAGAACCUCCAGCCUUGUUUGCCACAGGGGCACCCCCACGCUGGGGCAGCGUUGUGUCCACUUGUCUCUGCAGUCUCUUCUGGUCACACACACAGUGCCUGCCUCGUCCCUGGCCCGUUGGGUGGGCUCUGACAGAGCCACACCUCGUACGCAGAGACGCCUGCUUGUGUCCAGUCCUCAGGGGUCCUGAUCCCACGGUGUCCGUGGCCUUGUGCAGAACGGCAUGGAGAAAGGACAAACGUGUGCCCCACCAGGGCGGGGUGGUCUGUGCUGCCUGGCAAAGGGAUGGGCAGGUAGGGAAUGGGCUCCAAGCAGGCCAAGCAGCAGAGUGAAGGCUACAACUAGGAUCCCAGUGAGAACUGUGGUGUUUUCCCUUCUGGAUACUGUAUCAGGUACUGUGGCUACCAGGUGCUCUGGCUGACAGCUGUCCGUAAAGGCUUCAGAUGGGGAUAUAUGUCUUUCCUGGUCCACCAGGGCCAGGGGCAGUGAAGUCUGACGUGACCUGCAGCCAGGAUCUGGGGUUUGGUCAUAAAGAGUCAAAUACUUGUGCAGUAGAGGCAGCAUCAUUUCAUCAGACUGAGUCCAGCAGAGAGCUGAAGGAUUUGUGUCUUUCCAGAUCCUAGCCAUUGAUCCCUUGUUGUGUGUCAGGGCAAGCCUUACUUAGGAAAACUUCUUUUAGUUGGGUGUUAAAGGCAUGGUAUGUUUUUCAUUUGCAAGUGCUGCUUCGGCUGGGACCACACCCUGCUCCAAGCCAGGCUGGGUGCAGGAUCCCUAAAAUCAGGGCACUGUGCUGGGCAGGAGGGGAUUGCUUUUUUUGUGCACCUGCCUCCACAGACGUCCCAAAGUGAUGCCGAGCAGUACCUCAUUUUUCUAAGUGGUCUGUGCAGAUUAGAGACUAAGUAUCAGUUGUUCUUGAGCCUUGAUGACAUUUGUAUGUAAGUGUGUUUAGCUUGACAAAAGUUCUUUGAGUUUACUAAUGCAACAGAGAGAUGCCAGGUGGAGCCAGUCAAGGAGCUGGGUACUUUAAUUAGAUUAGCCUGGCAUCUCUAUCAUGAAGUGGUUGUGAGCUCUCAACUUAGAGCUGAUCUCCAGCAUGUCUCUGAUAUACUAACUUCAUUUGUGCUGCAUAGAAAACUCUCUUACCUUCUUAAUAGCAGCUUGUUUGACAGUCCUGAAUUAAGUGUUGAUCAAUUAUCAAAGUAAUAACUGUUUGUGAAGUUGCCAGUGAUAUAUUUUCUGUAAAAGAAUGAAUUCUUAGAGUGUCAAAACAUUAAUUUCCCAUUUCAGUUCAUCUACAAAUCGUGUAACUACCAGAUUGUUAUGGUAGCAAUAUUAAUAUACAUACCUGUAUAUAGACAAAAAAAACCUCAUUAAUGAUAAUUGGAAUCAAAAAGUUUAAUAUUUUUUCCCAGUCAAAUACACUAAUGCUUCCAAGGUGAUAGAAGAAUGUACAGUUGUUAAACAAGUUGUAAAUAAACGCUUAUAUAAAAUAUAAA